CGCCAGUUUGGCUUAGUCCAAAUCACCGGGCGCCGUGCGUGUGUGUACGUGAAGAGUCAUCUGAAUCUAUGAUACUUUAAUCGCAGCUAUUAACCGCCUCCAAUGCCAUUCAAACCAUCUAGCUAUGUAUGGCUCUUCCGGUUAAGUAGCUUUACCGGCGUACUGCGUUUGUCAGCGAGUCCGUCCCGCCGUGUCAGACCGACAUUUCACACGGGUCUUCCGUUACUCUUCGCCCGGAAACUCACGAUGCAGUCGAGUCGAAAUGUAACCAGCAGCAGCGGUUGCGGCGAUGAGAGCUUGGCCAGAGCAGACACGUCAGGGCCGGGGCUUUUCAGAAACAUUCCUAGUGUCACAACAGAAGAUACGGGUCCUCCGCUGGAGAAGAAACGAAUGGAAAGCGUGCUUCUCCUACACGAGAGAAACUUGAGGACACCCAGUCCCCUGUUUGGGGCCAAUUGUGAUGACGACUCGGAGGCAGAGUCUUUUCGGGAUGGGCGAACCGAGGAAGUCGACCGGGACACCCGGGGCAGGGCGUUUGCCUGGUGCCGAGACUUUUUGUCAGGGUCGUGGAAGACUAUCCAAGAGGAUGAUUUUCAAAUAAGCAUCGUCAGUGGUGGACUGAGUAAUCUGCUGUACCUGUGUAGUUUGCCUGAGCAUGUGCACUGUGUGGGAGAGGAACCUCGCCAGGUGCUCCUCAGAGUCUAUGGUGCCAUCUUACAGGGAGUGGACUCUCUGGUGUUGGAGAGUGUGAUGUUUGCCAUCCUAGCAGAACGAACUCUUGGGCCAAAACUUUAUGGCAUCUUUCCCGAGGGACGCUUAGAACAAUACCUUCCUAAUACCCGCAUGCGCACUCAUCAUCUUUCAGAUCCGGCCAUCUCAGCUGAGAUUGCUACCAAGUUGGCACGUUUCCAUGACAUGCUUAUGCCUUUUAACAAAGAGCCUAAGUGGCUGUUUGGGACCAUUGACAAGUACAUGGAUCAAGUGAUGAAGCUUACUUUUGUACGGGAUGCUCAUUUGAAGAAGUACAAGAAGCUGAUGAAGCUGGAUCUGCCUGCUGAGCUGGAGAGCCUCCGUGCAUUGCUGGCAGCGACUCCAUCGCCAGUGGUGUUUUGCCACAAUGAUGUCCAGGAAGGUAACAUUCUCAUCCUGGAAGACAGGGACCACACCUCAACAGAAACACUCAUGCUCAUAGACUUUGAAUACAGCAGUUACAAUUACAGAGGGUUUGACUUUGGAAACCAUUUCUGUGAGUGGAUGUAUGAUUACACCUAUGACCAGUGGCCUUUCUACAAAGCCACACCAGAGAACUACCCCACCAGAGAGCAGCAGCUUCAUUUCAUAAGAAAUUAUUUGGCAGAACAGAGAAAAGACUCUGACUCUCCCAUGAACCAGACACAGACUGAAGAGGACAUGAUAAUCGAGGCAAACAGAUAUGCCUUGGCGUCGCACUUCCUCUGGGGUUUGUGGUCCAUCAUUCAAGCCAAGAUAUCCAAGAUUGAGUUUGGAUACAUGGACUAUGCCCAGUGUCGUUUUGAUGCCUACUUCAAGCAAAAAAAGCUCUUCUCCUAAAUUCCAUCAUGUUUAUUAGAAUGUAAUUGUAAUCACUGUACUUCUCAUCUGUUUGUUCUUAUCAUUCAUCAAGGCCACCUCAUGCUUCAGAAUUAUUAUGCGUUAUUGAAACUCUAUGCAGCUCUGCUUAUGACAAGUAAUGGUUUGUAAAAGGUUUUUUUUUUUUUUUUACAUUUUAAGAAUGAGCAGAAAUACAAUAUAACCUUUCAGGCAAAUACCUAUCCCCACAGUGUGAAAUUUUGUUGUAGCAGAUAUAGCUCCUUAGCACAGAAUGUUGUUGUUUAUCAUUUAAGGGGCUCUUGUCAAUGUGAUGAUCAGCUAUUUUAUUCUAUCGUCCAUUUUUAGAUGCACUUCACCUCUUUGGACCAAUUUAUGACAUUGACAUUGUUAAUUCUUAAGCCGUGCUCUCUGUGCAUGUCAGUGACAGACAAUCCUGGUUGCCAGAAAAUUAGUGUCUUUUCUUUUGAGACUAUACAUUUUUACUGUAAUAGCCAUUUUUGACUAUUAUAUUAAUUCUGCUUUAUGUCUUUAGUCAUUCUACCUCACUUCUUUCCUCUGAUGUUCAUUCUGCAUCCAGGUGCAUAGAUUCCAUAAGGGCUGAUUGUGAAAAGCAUCCUGUGGGGGAAGAGACAAACUGUGAACAUUCUCACCUAGCUACUCCAAACUUUAACUGUCUCAUGUGUCACAUGUAGUUUUCUAGCAGAGCAUGUGAAAAUAUUCCCCACCAGUAUUUAAAGAAGAGACUUAAAAGCUCACACACAUUCAUCAAAUUAUCAUGAGGGCUAGUUUAUACAGUAUCACUGUAGUCAACCACAUAAUGAGUUAACCACAUAACCAUUAGAACAGUUGUGUAAGGUAUUUAAGGUGGUAGAAUUGGAUCUUAUCACCACUUCAAGAAAUCGGUUAUUAACUGUACAUUUUUGCUGCAAACUGUCUGUCCAUAUGUAAUUUAGCUUGUGUUACCUCUUAUCAUGUACGGUAUAUGUCAUUGUAUGCUGAUGUUGAUCUGAUAACUGAUCAAGCUUUUUUUUUGUCCUUAAUCUUUUUGUCUGUAGGUUAACAAAAAUUUCCAUCUGGCACAUAUGUAACCACAGUAAACUGGAUUUCCUAAAUUAGACCCAAUAAUAAUUGAAAUCUGUGUUAGAUUAAAAUCACACUUUCGUUGUAGCUUAUUGGACUUAUUUAUUUAUUUAGACUGUCCCCUUGAUUUGUUUGAAUGCACUGCCAUCAGUUAACAUCUCCAUGUUUUUGUUUUACACUUAGCUGCACAUGUUUACUCAUGAAAAUUAACUAAAAGUUUAAAUUGUGCCUCAUUAACUGUAGCUGGUUUUUACAGCAAAACUGUCCCAGUACAGUUUAAUUCUGUUAAAAUUUCUCUGUACUAUGUUGGUCCUAUUUGCACUACUAAAAGCAUAAUUCAAAACCUAAUAAAGAAAUGUGAUUAGAACCUGAAUAA